UUUAAGUACAAACCAAUUAGUGACGCACAGACCUCCAAUCACUAUAUAAAAACGCAUCUUCUUGAUCCACCAAAUCAGAAUCAAAAUGAAAUCACUAAUUGUAGCAACAAUCUUCCUGUUCUUCAACACCUGCAGCGGCUACCCUAGAUCGGUAGAUGUCAUCAACGGAGAUGACGUCUUGGUCCAUCGUUACCCUUACUUAGUGUCCAUCCAGUCGGGAAUCAACGGCGAACACCACAGAUGUGGAGGGACCAUUCUUAGCCCACAAUGGGUCAUAACGGCGGCCCAUUGCGCCGGAGUUUCACUCAUAGUAUCAAGGGUUGUUGCCGGUGCUUUGAACUUAACGGACACGAACAACACAGCUGUACAAAUUAGAAACAUCGAUUUGUACAGUGUGGUAAAACACCCAAGCUAUAGUAAUGACAUCACCAACGACAUCGCGUUGCUGAAGAUGACUGAACCGUUCGAAUUUAACGAGUUCGUGCAACCUCUUCCAGUGUCAAAAGUUCCGUGCUAUGCUCUAGACGAAAUGACCCUUUUCGCUGGCUGGGGCACAGAAGAUAGUAGCAGUAUUACUUCACAACUGCAGACAGGCAACAUGACGAUAGUACCAUUCGAUGAUUGCCACAAAACAAUGCACUCUGUAUAUGGUAACAAUCUACCCAUAAACGAAAACAUGCACGUCUGCGUCACAGGAACGGCAUCACCCUGUAUAUUAGACGGUGGAAGUCCUCUAGUCCAAGACGGUCGACUAAUUGGUCUGCUUUCAUGGCUGCCUUCGACUUGUUUGGAUGACAGUGUUCCUGCGAUUUUCACCAAAACUGGUUUUUACAAAGAGUUUAUUAAAAUUCAUGUGGACGAUUUGCCUUCGGCGUGAGCGGUUUUUUCUAGUUUUAAGGUUAAUUUAUUGUUUUUGUACUUUUUUAAUAAAUGGAUUUUAUAUAAA